UGGUGAACAGGUAGCAAAGAGAGCUUAGGCGGUGCGGGCCACACUGAGUAAGGCUAAGCCUAGAGUAUGGGAAAACCUUGCCAGCGGACUCCAAUGACAGACACUCGUUUGCUGUCCGUCCUCCACAGAUGAACUCGACAGUGGCCUGAGCCCCGCCAACCCCCGCCUACCCUCACUAGCGCCGCCCUUCCUCAGACAGGGCGCGGCGAGGCUGCAGUUGCCUUUUGUCAUCAUCGGGACUGAUCCGGAGUCAGAGCGGGAGACCGAGGGACUCAGAGGUGGAGCGCCACCAUGUCCAGGGCCAUGGCCUACCAGCACAAGCUGGCGGAGAAGCUGACCAUCCUGAACGACAGGGGGGUAGGGGUGCUGAUUCGGAUGAACCACAUCAAAAAGACCUGCACGGACCCGAAGCUCAGGCCUUCCUUUCUGACAGAAAAGGGCAUGGAGUCAGCUGCCAAGUACAUCAACAAGAAAUUCCCCACCAUUGACUUCAGAGGGAACAGUCAACAUCUGACCAGUAUCCAGAGGCAAAAGUCUGAGGUUCUUAACGCCCUGACCAGUUACUACCAAUCCUUCCAGGACGUGAUGGAGUUCAGGGAUCAUGUGUAUGAGCUCCUCAAUACCAUUGAUGCUUGCCAGUGCUUCUUCAAUAUCACGGUGAACUUUGACUUCACCAAGAAGUACCUGGACCUGAUUGUGACCUACACUUCAGUCAUUCUAAUGCUUUCCCGCAUUGAUGACAAGAAGGUGCUAGUGGGCAUGUACAACUGUGCCCAUGAGAUGUCAAAUGGCAGCAGUGACCCUGCUUACCCCCGACUGGGACAGAUGUUCCUGGAGUACGAUCACCCUUGGAAGAAGCUGACAGAGGAGUUUGGCCCACACACCAAGUCGGUGACGGAGGCUGUGCUGUCACUGCAGAUGGUGUACCCGCGCAGGAACCUGCCAGCUGAGCAGUGGCGCAGUGCCCAGCUGCUGAGCCUACUCAGCACCCCCGCCAACAUGCUCAGCCCAGCCUGCUGCGACACGAUUCCGUGCGAGUACCUGCCCACGGAAGUGAUGGAGCGCUGGAUUAUUAUCGGGUUCCUUCUGUGUCACAGCAGUUUAAACACCAACCAGCCGUCCCAGGACCUGUGGAAGAUGGCCCUGCGCAGCGGCCUGUACAUCACGCUCAUCCGAGACGAGGCCUUCAACAUCCACAAGGUCACAGAGGACUACUUUGACAGCCUUAAAGGUUAUAGCAAGCGGAUUGCAGACAUCAAAGAAUGCAGGGAACAUGCUAUAGUCAACUGUGGAGCGAUGCACAGAGAGAGAAGGCACUUCUUGCGGAAUGCAUUAAAAGAACUGUACAAAGUAUUAGAGGACGAGCCAGGUCUGCUGGGACCCAAGGCCUUGUUUGUCUUCAUGGCGCUGUCAUUUUCCCGUGACGAAGUAUUCUGGCUCCUACGACACUCUGAGAACGUCCCCAAGACCAAGACCCCUGAAGACUACGUAGACUCGCAGAUGGCAGAGCUCUUGUUCUACAUGGAGAAACUGAGGACUCUGAUGCACCAGCACUUUCGUGUGGUGCAGCGUUACCAUCUGCAGUACCUGGCCCAAUUUGACGCCCUGGCACUGAACGACACGAUGCAGAAUAUGAAUGUGUGUCCAGAGGAGGAGUCAGUGCUGAUGACAUCCUUUGUGUCUGCACUGUCUGCACUCACGAUCAAGCAAGUGGAAAAUGGAGAGGAGUUUGACUUCAGGGCACUCAGACUGGACUGGUUAAGACUACAGGCAUACACCAGUGUGUCCAAAGCCCCACUGCCUCUGAGAGACUAUCCCGACCUGGCCAAGAUCAUGAACAUGACAGAGUUCCACACCAGGUUAAUGGACGAUAUGGAAGGGCUUCUUCAGGAAACCUCUGAUCUCUCUACACUCUGCUUCUACCCGCGUGUGUUUGAGAAGAUGUUCUCUCAGAGCAGCGAGGACGUGGCCAUGCAGCGAUACCUUAUUGCAUUUCCUCUGGUCUGCUCCCACUUCAACCAAUGUGCUCACCAGAUGUGCCCAGAGGAGACAGAGGCCAUUGAGAAGAGGAGUCUGCGGAUCUGUGUGACUUUUCUGGAGGAGAUUGCAAAGCAGACCUGCAACGUUGUACUGGAGAUAUGUGCUGAACAGUGCAAUCUGAAUGACCAGCUGCUGCCUAAGCACUGUGCUCAGACCAUCAGCACUGCUCGCAACAAGAAGCAGAAGAAGCAGGUGCCCAAGAAGGGGGAGGUUCAGAGGGAAAAGCCUGGGGCCGAAAGCCUUAGGAAGGACCGGGCCAUCGUCACCAACAUGGACAAGCUGCACCUGACUCUGUCAGAACUGUGCUCCUCCUUCAGCCAGUACAGUCAGCUCACCGUUUGGAAUCAUAUCGUCAUCCCCACCGAGUUCCUGGUCUCGCAGCUGGAGACACGCCUCACCAAAAUCAUUGCGCAAAUGGCCAAUUACAACCAGACCACCCAGGAGAUCGCUCGACCCUCUGACCUGCUGGCAGGGAUCAAGGCCUACACCGCCAGCCUACACACCCUGUCCCGCUACAUUAAUGUUGACAUCACACGGCUGGUGAAGAGUGUUCUGCUGCAGCAGACCCAGCCACUGGACAGCCAGGGCGAGCAGACCAUCACCACCCUCUACACCAACUGGUACCUUGAGGGUCUUCUCCGACAGGCCAGCAGUGCUAUGAUUGUCCACUGUCCCACCAUGCACUGCUUUGUAAACCAGCCCACUGACAACGAGCAAACCUUCAGAGCAGAGGAGUACUCCGACAUCCCUGAGCUGCAAGCCCUGGCAGAGUUGAUUGGCCCAUAUGGGUUGAAGUUCCUGGGGGAGAAUCUGAUGUGGCAUAUUACCUCACAAGUCAGCGAGCUGAAGAAACUUGUGAUUGAGAACAUGGACAUUCUAGUGCAGAUGAGAGCCAACUUUGAUAAGCCAGAGGUAAUGACCAAUCUGCAGAGGAGACUACCAGCAUCUGAUAGCGUCCUGAAGAGAAUGACCAUCAUUGGUGUGAUCCUCUCCUUCAGGGCUAUGACACAGGACAUGCUGGGAGAUAUUAUGCACAGGCAUUGUCCAUACCUCAUGGGUCCAAUCGAAUCUCUUCGGAACUUUGUCUCUCCUGAAACAGACAUCAAGGUGACUCUCAGUGUAUUUGAGCUGGCCUCUGCAGCAGGCUUGUCCUGUGAUAUCGAUCCCGCCCUUGUCACCGCCAUUGGCAGCAUGCGCACAGAUAAUUCAUCUGUCGAUGAGGACUACAAGCUGGCCUGUCUGCUACUGGUGUACAUUGCAGUGUCGCUGCCAAGCCUGGCACUCGACCCCAAUUCUUACUACAGCCGUGAGAAUGGAGGGCACCAGAAUAACAUCCACUGUCUGGCCACCGCCAUAAACCAGCUGGCUGCAGCCAUGUUCACUGUCCAGAACAAGAACAUUGAGCAGCACUUGAAAGAAUUCCUCUUGGUGGCAUCUUCCACGCUGUUGCAGCUGGGUCAGAAUGUGGAGAGAGUUGAAAGCAAAAACAGAGACUCCAUUUACCUUCUCCUGCACUUGAUAGUGGAGGAGUCCCCCUUCUUGAGCCAAGACAUGCUGGAGAGCUGUUUCCCAUAUGUCCUGCUACGCAACGCCUACAGAGAUGUGUACAGAGCUUCCAUCAUUACUAUGGGUGGACCCUGAAAAGGCCCCUUUCUUUCACUUAUAAGAUCUUAAACAAAGUACACAAAGCAGAAGAAAACUUAAAACAAGCCUUUUUUUCCCC